AUGGAUCUUGAAUGCACCAAAGAAUCUCCAGCUUAUUAUACAAUUUGUCUACAUAUUUUAGCUGCAAUUUCAUUUCCAAUUAAUUGUUUCGGAUGUUAUUUGGUUGUUUUCAGAACUCCUCAAAAUUCUAAAUAUAGAUAUAGACAACUUUAUUUACAGGUCAGUUUUAAUCAAGGAUACUUGGUAUUAUGCUACCGUUCUGUCGAGAGAUAACUUCUAUAAAUUAGAUGUCCUUUGUCAGAUAAUCAUAAGUAGUGCCCUCUAAAAACAUUUCAGGUGACUACAUUUAUUGUGGAAAAUUAUAUGACAUGGAUUGCUGCGGGAUAUUAUUUUUUCCCAAUGACUGGAGGAUUCACAACUUCAUCUAUCUCGGAUAAAUUUAUGAGAACACAUAUGUGUGUUGUGUUUUACUUUUUCACAUUUUCUUAUGAGUUACCAGCAUUAUUUUGUUGUUUUCAAUAUCGAGCUGAUGCGGCAGCUGAAUUGAAUACAGUAAGUAGAAAACAAGUCUUCUGGUACAAAAUGAUAUUCAUUCAGAAAUACCGUAUCCCGUCAUAUUUAACAUAUUCAUUAUUAGUUCUCGCUCAUAGUUUUCCGAUAAUUAUUGGUUGUCUGAUGUAUAUUUCUGAACCUACAAAAGAUGAACAAUACAAAACAUUACUCAAUAAUUUUCCAAAAUGUCUUCAUAUGUUAGAUCAUCCUCGAUUUAUAGUUUAUGACUGGCGAACUAACUUUUGGCUAAUUGUUGCGGGAGCAUCGACUAUUAUUUGGUUGGCAUUUUUCACAAUGUGAGUCAUUCCUUUUGAAAAAGUAUUCGUACAAAAUUAGAAGGAAUUGAAAUGAUUCCACCUGUUUGUGACACUUUGUCAGAAUUGCUGAUGGAAUGAAUAGUUUGUGAAAAUUGCAAGAAUUAUGUAGACAGGUGCAUUUGACCUUUUCUAUCCGAGAGAAAAGUUGAAGUCGAACAAAGUACGUAAAUUAAAAAAAAUGAUAAUUUUACGAAAUAUGUAAAUAUUCAAUUAUGAGUAAAUAAACUAUACGUAUACACCACUUUUUCAAGUCGAACUUUUAAAGUUUUAUUUUCUAGGUACAUUGGAUUUUUAGCUCUAUAUACCAUGUUAAUUUUACAAACAAUGCGAAAACAUAUGUCAAUCGCAACUUUCAAAAUUCAUAAAGCGGCACUUGUGACAAUAACACUACAAUGUAUUAUUCCAAUGGAUGCAAUUGUGAUUCCCGUAUCGUUCAUAUUUAUAGUUGUUCUCAAAGAAUUAACCGAAUUUCAAGAAAUUGCUACAGAUGGAAUGUUUCUAAUAUCAUCUCAUUCGUUGAUUUCCACAAUUGUUAUGAUUGCGUGUAAUUCGAGAUAUUUGGAUAUUGUUCGUGGAUAUUUAGGAAAAGCUUUAAAUUUUAGAUUGAACGGGUUAAUUGAUGGCGUAUCAACAACACAUGCUUCGAAUGAAGUUGUUCCAAUUCAAAACUAA